UGAGUUCAUCCCUCUCCUUCCUCUCUUCUGUGCUUACUUUCUGUUCCAAGUAGCUAGCCCUAGUGGUGUGGUAGCCGCGCCCGUUGACCCUGCAGUUUUUGUGGAGUAGCAACCUAGUCGUAUAAUACAGGAGGUUCACAUCGGCUGCCAGCACCCCCGCUGAUUUCCUUCACCAUUAAUUUCUACUUUUGUUUGACCUGACCGCAUGAGAAAGUUUGAGCGACCCGGCCCGGGUGGCCUCAAUCCUACCAUUUCUGUUGUUAACCAUCGAUCCCUAUUGCCUUGUUUGUUUUGGUUGCCAACUGCAGGAAAGAUCACACUAUACUAGAUCAGCCAGCGAUCCUCCAUUCCUGCGCGCGUACGUACCACCAUGGAGUUUUCUGCACACUGGUCCUCGCUCCCGGCCGACCUCAUCAACCGCAUCGCCGACCGCUUCCUGGCCACCAGCGACGUUGACUACUACAUGGACUUCCGUGCCGUCUGCCAUAGCUGGCGCUCCGCCACCCAAGACCCCAACAAUUCCCCCGACCCUCGCUUCCACCCUCGUCACUGGGUCAACAUCAACGGAGCCUCUUGCCGCUCCGCCACGCGCCUCUUGGUCAACACCGCCACCGGCCGACCUCUGCGCCAGGAACUCCGGGUGCUCCGUCACUAUAACAUUGUCAGAACCACCACGGACGGUCUCCUCGUUUUGAUGGACUGCACACACCCCCACAAUACAUGCGUCCUCAAUCCUUUCACAGGCUACCUGAUCCGUUUCAUGGCGCAGCGACCCGGCAACAUCGUGGAAUAUGCUGCCCUCGAGUCCGGUUCUACUACACCAACCAUUUUCUUUUUCUGCAAGGACUUCAUGGAUGAUAACUGGGUUAUACACGAAUCAUCUCGUACGGUCUACAUGGCUGAGCCUGACAGUGGCUCUCUCGCCGUCUAUGAGGACAGGUGUGCUUUCCCUUUGAUCAAGCUGGCUACAAGCGGUAUCUACACUAUUCAUGGUGCUGACCUGGGAUCCGUGGCCAGAAGGAUCUUUGAUCUAAUGAGGUUUUACAAGGACGACCUUGCUGAGGUAUCUGAGGAUGACUAUACCAUGAUGUCCGACCAAAAAUCUUUAUGGAAGCUUUGUGCAGGACGUUGUUUCCUAACGGAAUCUGCUGGAAAAGUGCUGAUCAUCAUGAAGCUAGCACAAGGCGUCGUGGUCUACAGAUUACAAACGCACAACUAUGAACUCGAGCUUGUGUUGGACAUUGGUAACUGUGCCAUCUUCUUAGAUCUUUAUUGUUGGUGCUUGUGUGUUAAUGCUGAUAAAUUUCCGGCCGUCCAAGCCAACUGCGUCUAUUACCGGAAAAGCCGACUAGCUGUUGCUUGUUACAUGUGCAUGUAUAAUCUCAAGUCCCACAGAGAAGAAAUAGUCGACCAACAAUUUCAGCAUCUUCUUUUGGACCAAAGGCUGUCUCGGCUUUAAAGCACCGGUGGGCCAAAAGUACAAGAAGAGCACGGAAAUUCAACUCAACGGUGCUAGCGAUACGUACAAGAACACAAGUAUAUAUUCAGCCUCUUUGCGGCAGCUUGAAGGGAGUGUAGGCUUCCAUAUUGCUGAUAAUGGCUGUGUUCUUUAAGUUUUAUGUUACUUUUGUAAUGAGAUUAAUGGUUUGAGUAUGUUUAAGCUGAAACUUUACAUUUGUAAUAACAUUGUAAUAAAGGUUUCAGUAUGUUUAAGCCUAGACUAUUCCCUUUCUCAAUAAAG